CUCUUGAGGGUAUUUACAGAGCAUCAGAAACAAAGAAUCAAUAGAUAUUCAUAACAAUGGAAGCACCAAAGACAAUCGAGCACGAGAUCGGAGGUCUAAAGAACGAUGCACUCCGUUUCGGCCUUCAAGGCGUCAAGAGUGACAUCGUUGGAUCUCAUCCUCUCGAAUCCGCCUUUCAAUCGGCAAAUGUGAGAGAAGAACAGAUGAAGAGGAAAAUCCUUGCAAACACUUACGGAUCCGCUUUUCCUUUGAAGCAGGAGUUUGAUCGAAAAAUCCUUUCUAGAUUUCAGAGGCCUCCAGGACUGAUACCAUCAUCCAUGCUUGGAUUAGAGUCAUUGACAGGAGCUUUGGAAGAUUUUGGUGUUGAAGAUUACCUUCAAGAUGUCCAUGACACUGAAACAAUGCGCGCCCCAGACAUGCACCAUGGAAUGGAGGUUCGUGUUGGGCUCUCAAAAGGACCGGUUCAUCCCAGUUUCAUGUGAUCAGACAUUUGUGGUUUUAAUUUGAUAAUGAACUCAGUGUGAUAUCUACCAUUUUUAGAUGUAUGUUGAACAUGUUUUUGUUUGUUGUUUAUGGCCAAGUAUUUCCAACAGUUAAUGUCUAUGUGAAACCAAAAAACCAAGGAAACUCAAGUUAAGUUGUGUCGGUUUUGUUUUA